UUUAGCCCCUUUCAUUUGUUUUGUAGAUGUGUGGCAAAGACCUUUUGGUUGCUAUAUCUGAUUCUGGGAACCUGUCGGUGCUCGCAUUUUGCAAUGAAAUGAACAGGUUUUUUCCAUUAACACAUGUUCAGCUAUCUAAUCUUGGAAUAACGAGAAACUUUUGUAUACUAGCCGUUGAUUCCAGUGGUUGUUUUAUUGCAGCUAGUGAAUAUGAAGAUCAACUAGCUCUAUUUUCUGUGUCAAUGAGUGACAAUGAUAUCAUUGAUAAGAAAAUAAUACAUCCUUUUGAUAGUGGAGAGACAGAAAGUGCUUCCAUAAACAUGAAGAGUACCAGCAUCUGUGGUACUAUUUGGAGUAUGUGCUUUAUUUCACUAGAUUCCAGACAAACAAGCACGGCGAAGAAUCCUCUAUUAGUAGCAAUUAUUCUACAUAGGAGGGGAGAAACUCUAAAUGAAUUGCUAUUAUUGGAAUGGAAUGUUAAAUCACAGACAACAACUGUUGUUUCUCAGUAUGUUGAAGAUGGGCCUCUAGCACAUAACAUUGUUGAAGUUCCCAACUCAAAGGGACUUGCAUUUUUGUUUACUGGUGAUGGUCUCUUAAUGAACUUUAGAGAUCCUUGCAAUCCAUUUUUUGUGUAUAGGACUAGCUUGAAUUCUUUUCCCGUUGCCGUGGAAGACUUGUGUAUUAGAGGAACUAGGAAAGACGCAACAUUGAAUAAAAAGGCGGCUAAUUAUCAUCCUGUGCGUAAAGACGAUGACAAUGGUGAUACUAAUUUGGGUCGCAAGUAUAUAUGCUCUUGGAGUUGGGAACAUGGCAAUAAUGAAGUUCCUAGGAUGAUCUUUUGUGUAGAUACUGGGGAAUUUUUUAUGAUUGAAGUUUGUUUUGAUUCUGAUGCCCCUAAAGUCAAACAAUCUGACUGUCUCUAUAAAGGUCUACCUUGUAAAGAAUUGUUGUGGGUUAAAGGCGGAUAUCUAGUAGCAAUUGUAGAAAUGGGGGAUGGUGUUGUCCUGAAAUUGGAAGAUGGAAGGCUAUGCUUUACAGACUCUAUUCUGAACAUGGCACCAAUAUUGGAUGUGGCGCAUGAAGAGGAGCAUGGCCAAAUGUUUGCUUGCUGUGGUGUGGCACCUGAGGGGUCAUUAAGGAUUAUUCAAAGUGGUAUUAGUGUGGAAAAGCAAUGCAGGGUUGGUUAUAUAUAUGAAGAGGUAGUCAGUACUUGGGCUGUCCUGAUGAAAGUUACUGAUUCUUAUCAUUCUUUUAUUGUUCUAUCAUUUGUUUCGGAGACCAGAGUAUUUCCGGUUAGUUUAAGUUUUAAAGAUGUGACUGCUUCGGUUGGUUUCCAACCUAAUGUCUGUACUUUGGCAUGUGGCCUUGUAAUGGAUAGUUUGCUUGUUCAGAUACAAAAUUCUGUUAAACUUUGUUUGCCUACUAAUUCUGCUCAUCAUGAAGGCACCCCUUUGUCCUCUCCCAAUUGCACAUUUUGGCAUCCACGCAAUAUGAAUAUCAGUUUGGGGGCAGUUGGGCAUAAUUUCAUAGUUGUGUCAACCACUAACCCGUGCUCUUUGUUUAUCCUCGGGGUUACAUAUCUAUCAGCUUAUGAAUAUGAAGUAUUUGAAAUGAAACAUUUGAAAUUUCAGAAUGAAAUAUCAUGCAUUUCCAUCGCCAGACAAAAUAUAGGAGAAAAACAGUCAAAUUCAUCUAUUUUAGAAAAUAAUAGCUUUGUUAUUGGCACACAUAGGCCUUCUGUGGAACUUUGGUCUUUUGCUCCAGAUGGAGAAGUUAUAAUUAUUGCUCAUGCGACAAUUUCAUUAAAUAAUGCAAUUUGUAUACCUCAAGAUGUACACCUUGUAUUUGUUGGUAAGUAUUAUGUUCUUGCUGGAUUGAAGAACGGAAUGCUUCUUCGCUUUGAGUGGCCAUCAGAAUUGUUUCACUCUACGACUAAAGCUUUUGAAAAAUUAAAUGACCUUCCUUCCGUGCUUCAAUUGAUUACCAUUCGUCACAUUGGCAUUAAUCCAGUUUUCUUGGUGCCCUUGGAUGACACCCUUGACGCUGAUAUAAUCGCAUUGAGUGAUAAGCCUUGGUUAUUGCAUACUGCAAGACAAGGCCUUUCCUAUACUUCUAUCAAUGUUCAAUCUUCGUCACAUUUAACUCCUAUUUGCACUAGUGAGUGUCCGCAAGGAAUAUUACUUGUUGCAGAAAACAGCUUACAUCUGGUGGAGAUGUUCCCCAAUAAGAGACUUAAUAUGCAGAAGUUUCAUUUAGAGGGAACUCCACGGAAGGUUCUGUAUCACAAUGAAAGUGGGAUGUUGCUUGUAAUGAGGACUGAACUGAAUCAUGGUACAUAUUCGUCUGACAUAUGUUGUGUGGAUCCACUAAGUGGGUCAGUACUGGCGUCUUUUGAACUUGAACAUGGAGAAGUAAAAUCAAUGGAACUAGUCAAGUUUGGAAGUAAGCUGGUGAUUGUGGUUGGAACUAGUCUUUCUUCGAAGUCAGCAUCAUUAUCUCAAAAAACUUCACCUUUCCACGAAUUAGUUGUACAUUAUCUUGAACCACUAUCAAGUUGUAGCCUCAGCAGUAUCCCUGAUAACAAUAGUUUGGAUGGCAUCAAACUUGGUAAUAAAAAUGAAACGUGGCAGUUCUGAGUGGUUUGUGCAACUAUAUGGAAUGGAAUUCCACUUGCUAUCUGUCCUUAUCUUGAUCACUACUUCUUAGCAUCUUCAGGAAAUACUUUCUAUGUCUGUGCUUUAGAAUAUGACACUACUUUGAUUGGGAGAGUUAAAGUGAUAAAGUAUGCUACUGAAAGGACACGUUUCAUCAUAAAAUCUUUGACAGCACAUUGUUCUAGAAUUGCAGUUGGUGAUGGUCGUGAUGGUAUCAUUUUCUUUUCUUACGACGAGGAUGCACAAAAAUUGUCAUUUUUCUCCGGUGACCCAUCACAGAGGUUAGUAGCUGAUUGUACUCUCAUGGAUGAUAAUACAGCUUUUGUGUUCAGAUCAUUUGGAAGGGUCUACAUGUACAGAAUUCAAUUUGAGACUAAGCUGUGCUUAUUUCAUGGUUUCCUAGAGCAAUUUAAUUUAUCAUUCUUGUUUUUCAUUGCAGUGCUAGGUGACAUGGUCCCCAAUACAAAUGUUGACUCACUACAAAAUGCUGUUAUUGCUAGUACUCUCUCAGGAAACAUAAUGAUCUUCUUCCCUUUGUCAAGGGAAGAAUAUAAGCUCUUAGAAGCUGCGCAAGCAAAACUUGUUGUCCAUAAUUUGACUGCACCUAUUCUUGGAAAUGAUCAUGAUGAGUUUCGGAGUCGCGAAAAUCCAGUUGGAGUACCCAAGAUACUAGAUGGGGACAUACUGACUCAGUUUCUGGAGCUAACAUGUAUGGACCAAAAUACCAUUUUGCAAUCGCAGAUGGUAAAAAAAGUGGUUCAAAUUCUUGAUGGAGUUAACUAUGCACUUAACUAAAUACACUUUUAC